AUGUCCGAACAAUCAGAAUACAACAUCCAGGUCACUGAGGCCUCCCAGGAGAACGGCUUUUCUGAAGCGUUCGAUGAACUCUUCAAUAAAGAAUAUGAGAAAGUCGAAGCAGCCGCCGCCGCUGCUCCCUCCCUCGCUUCCGAGCCUCAAGCGGGCGCGCCGCUUGCCGAAAACGGCCAGGUCGACGAGACCUCCGAAGCUGACGGUUUCUACUACGACUUCGAGAUGGACAUCGAGAUAGCGCAAGAAGCCGCUGCCGCUGCCGCUGCCGCUGCCGUCCUCGCACCUGAGCCACAAGCUGAGAAUGGCCAGGUUGACGAGGACGCAGAGGGUAACGACUUCGAUGCUGACUUCGAUGCUGACUUCAAUGCUGAAUAUGAUAAAGCAUAUGAAGAGGAGCAGAGAAAUGCCGCCGUUGCCCCUGUCGCCCCUGUCGCGAUCAAAGCUUACCAUCGCCGAAAUGCGAGCAAGGGCACGAGUCUGGCAAGAGAGAAGGGAACAAGCAGAAAGAGAGGAAAGGGAGAGAAGAAUCGCUAG